UUUGACGUCAGAGUGAGAAAAAUCGGCGUAGAUUGUAAACAGCGAUUUGCUUCUAGCGGGACGGAACCUAGGCGAGAGCGAAAAAAAAUAGAGAGCGAGAGAGAGAAAGAGAAAGCCAUACGUUUUCGGUGGUUUACGUAAAGCGGGACUCUUCGGGCGAGAGUGAGAAGAGAGAGAAAGCCAUCACUUUUCGGUGGUUUACGUACCGGAGCACGCGAUCCGUUGAUGCUGAAGGCUCUGUGUACUGUAUAAACUGACUAAAUCUAAACCACGCAAGAUGUUGUUUCCAGAUAUUGCACGCUAUGCCCAGUCAGCGAGGGAGAUAACUGCUGCAUUACUUAUUGUGUUCAACAUCACCAUCCUGGUGGUCAACAUCAUCAUCAUCGUGGCCGUGUUCAGAAACCCCUGGCUUAGGAGAUCGUUCAAGCACAUUUUCGUCGUCAACCUUGCCGUCUGCGACCUCAUAGUCGGCCUGUUUAUCUGUCCAGUGUACACCCACGUGACACUCCACGGAGAGCAGGGUCUCCCGUGUUCCACCAUCAACGCCCUCCGAUUCUUCACGGUCUCUCUGGUACCGUCCAUUGCCACUCUGGCCUUGUUCGUCAUCAACCUGGAUUACAUCUUCAAGCUCACCUGGUAUUACUACGCCAGCGCGAAGCACAACGCUCGGAUUUUCUUUACACUUCUUCUGCUGCCCUGGAUCAUUACGUUCAUAAUCAUGAUUCCUCUGUAUUUCGACGCGACAACAUCCAGAAGGAUCGACGGAUCUCCUUUAUGCGUCCGAGCUCUGAAGUCCUAUUCGGCGUCCUCCGUGGCGUUCAUCACAAUGAGCUUCUUCCCGCAAGCAAUCUUGGUUUUCGUGUCCUUCAUCGUGGCCGGAGUUCUCUACCUUUUCUCCAGAAGAUACACUGGACUCGACGUGGCGGGUGAACGCGUCCGGGCUCCGGUCGAUCUAGUCCUGGCCAGUUUCGUCACCAUCCUCUUCCUGGUCCCCUUCUUCAUCCUGCUGUCACCGGUUGGGAAGACGGGAUGCGACUCACGGGAUGAGUGCCACGCCCUCAACUGGGUGGCCAUCAUCGGGUUCUGGUUGUACUUUGCCAAGUCCUUUACCGUUCCUCUUUGCUGGCUGUUUUGUCGAGACCUGCGUCACGGCAUUGUAAACAUCGUAAACUUUUCCACGCGUUGAAAAAAAUCUCUGGAUGGGGUGGAUCUAUUUAAGGCAAGGCGAUGUGCUGCUUUACUGUGGGAUCAGACGAAACGGUCAGCGCUCUGUACAGAUUGUGGAGAACAUUUGACAUUGGUUUGUGAAUACUACUAAAUAGAACAAUAUAAGAUUGUUGAAUCUGCUAUGAACUUGAUAUUGAUGAAAAUGGUAGCCGAUGGAUUUUUGAUGUUGCAGGAAACAGGACGAAUUUACCAGGCGAAAAGAACAGAGAACAGAGGAUCUGCUUACGUUCUUCCUACCUGAACAGUUUAUGGAGUAAUAAAAACGCAUGUCUGUGAUGUUCUUUAUGUUAAAUACAUACAUAUAUACACACUUUUGAUAUAACAGCAACUCCCGUAUUUGAAUAAUUGCAGCUAGUAAGGCUUAUAAUAUAAUUUCUCAUUCGAGAACAUCUAGCAUUACGAAUGAUUUGACAUGGUACUAACAUUUGCCUUUUGUAAACAUCACUUGGACGCUCUCUCUCUCUCUCUCUCUCUCUCUCUCUCUCUCUCUCUCUCUCUCUCUCUCUCUCUCUCUCUCUCUCUCUCUCUCUCUCACAUAUUAUUUUCAGCUGUAAUGUAAAUCGAGUAUUUUGUUUCUGGGGGGUAACUCUGUUCUUACGUCAAAAACCUGCGUAUAACAAGAGUAUCAUCCCUUGAUAGCAAAGCAGAUUUUUGCAUGUUUAUAUUUCCGUAAAAUUGGUAGGUUUAUGGCACAGUAAUUAGUCUUAUACAUUAAUGUGUUUCGUAUGAUUGUGUUGUUUUUUGUAGUUAAUUUUUUUAAAAUAGUUUUUCUUAGCUAUUUAAUUAUGUAGGUAUACUUUACUUGAUGAUUAAUACCUAGCAUAGUCUGUUGUGCAUUUCUGGUGCUUUAAUUGGCGUGGACUAGACAUACAUUAUACAAUGUUGUAAAUACGGAUAAAACUUUUUUUCAAAUAAUGUAAUUGAAAUCAGAAUCCCUGACUAUAUACGUGUUUAUUUACUAUUAUCACUGUUCAUUUGUUUUAAGUUACUAUAUUAAGUUAUUUCUGAAUAUCCAUCAGGUUUCAAUUUGUUAUUUAUCAGCAAUCUUUCCUUUUCUAUAAAGUUAAUACACGUGUAUAUAAAAACAAUAAAAACAAAAGAACAGUAACGUAUCUAUGUUUGAAUUUCGUUUGUUUUGCAAAUAAGUAUAUUAUUGACAUUAUUCGUGUUGGAACCACCUCGGUGGAUCCAUUCAACUGAUUGGGUUUCGUUUUUCGUUCCAACCAAUGCAUUACAACUGGUCAAAGGCCGUGGUAUGUGUUUUCCUGUCUGUGCUGCUAAUAGAAAAAUGUAGCGGGUUUUCUCUGAUGACUAUGUCAGAAUUACUAAAUGUUUGACAUCCAGUAGCCGAUAAUUAAUUAAUUAAUGUGCUCUAGUGGUGUCAUUAAACAAAACAAACUUUAUUAUUCGUGCCGGUGACGCUUGGAAUAUGAGCUCUUUAUUUAUAUUUUUAAAAUGAAGAAAUAAUUUCGAAUUCAAUCAGAGAUUGAUGACAUACACAAUGAUCAUAUAUACAAAUUAACAUGGUUGUACUUAUGCUCUUCAAGUUAGAACACUGUGUCCUAAUUAUAUAUAUAUAUAUAUAUAUAAUUGACGAUUCUGGUAUUUUAGAUAAACAAAACCAGAACAGUAAUGUUCUAACGAUGAAGGAGAAACAGUUUAAUAGCCUACUUGUAUUUCAGUUUAGACAAUCCAUCUUUGCUGCAUUGUAUGAUAAUCUAUGCUCUGUAAUAUUCGCUUUAUAUAUAUUAGCUGAACUGUUGAAUUUGUUUAAUGUAUUUGAACGCAUAAAUAUAUUCGUUUAUUAGUUUUGUCAUUUAACAUGUUUCUACAGUUUAGUAUCAGUAUUAUCCCUUGUUGAAAAGUUCUAGGUUUUGGGGUGGGGUCUGAGAGGUAACAUAAAAAGGAUGUCACUUAAUGACCAUGAGGAAUCCAAAGACAUACCCAUAUAUUUUUGUUAAUCAAAAUCUUAUAUAUUGUUCAUACAUUUUAAUACACGAUUUAUUAACUGUUUUUUAAGAUCUUUUGGUUAAUGGUCCCAAAUGCAAAGCCAGUUGUUAAUUGUUGGGUGUCAUCCUAUAGAUUUUGAUGGAAUAAUAAACAAAAAAACAAAAACAAAACGAUUCAGACACUCAAGAAAAUAUUUUGUUUUCUUAUCCUGAAUUUUGAACUCUCGACCAUCUAUCUACUUUUUGCAAGUUGAUCUUGGAAUUGUUACCGAAAUGCGUGCAUUUGUUCACGUAUUUUUGUUCCAAACAUAUCAGGGAUCAGGUUCAAUAGAAAAUGUUAUUGUGUUGUGUUUUCUGGUCGUAUGACGCACAAUGGUGUACAAAAUUAAUUAAUAUUGUUCUGUUGUAAUUUUGGAGUUUUAUGCGAGGUGAUAGCACAACAUGUCUGUUUAGAUUACGUAUUAGCAGAUGUAUGCAAUCUAUAUAUUUGAUGUUGAAUAAAGUAUUUUAUUAUGUUGAA